CUUUAGGCUGAGUUUCGAGGUAUCCAAAUUACAUAAGGAGGCAUUAAUUGUGCUUUACCGUUGCGUUCAACAUGUCAGACAAAGCGACGCAAGCAUUUAUAAAUCAGAUCCGUGAACGAGAGGGUUAUGCUGAAGAAAUCGUUUCUGAUGAGAGUGUUUUGUCUGAGGCGCAAGACAUCUUCGAGGCCUUUGUUAAAGUUCAAAUGCGUAAAGAUGCGAGACAAGCUGAAACAUCGAAAGCUGAAAACAUAGCACGUCGACUGAUAGAGGUCGCUGAUGAGAUGGAAUGUAACCUUAAUCAAAUGUUUGAGAAAAAAAACAAAGCCUACAGCGACCUCACUUCGUAUGAGAAAUUCAAAAAAAAUGCAAAACCGGAUCAUAGCAUGAGCUGCUGUAUAUUAUGCAAAAAGGAGCUGGGCGAAGGCCAACCCACCACACAGCUAAGAGAAAAGGGUUGCGAAACGAUAAAUACUAGGGAUGGGAAUCGCAUCCAAAAUCGGUAUCCGGAUAACCGUAUCCGCUAUCCGAAUAUAUUCAGAUAUCCGUAUUCUUUUUCAGGUAAACUACAAAAGGCAGUUGCCAUCAUCACAACACUGUGAAUACGUUAGUGUGCAUUGUUUACAGAAUAACAAACAAUAUAACGCAUUUAUAUGAUUUCUUUAUUUCAAUUAUUUUAUUUAUAAGAACAAUAUCAAAGUCGCAAAAUACGUAAUUUCUUUUUUUUAAGCACAUACAUCGUAAAACUAAAACAAAAGCAUACUACGUUAUAUACAACGUACAGUUAAUAAAUUCCGUUUAAUUUCAUUUGUUUUCGCUUAGAUGCACUCACCAGGUUUUUGUUUCGCUAUUAAGUCUGUUCCUUAGCAUGGGAAGUACCAAGCCGGCCGACGAGAACACGUGCUCAAUCGGACCGAUGUUGCCGGAACUGCCAGAAUAAUUCGGAAGUUUGAGAAAUCGCGAUUCGUAUACUCCUUUUUUUAACAGAUACAAAUUGAUCGACCAAUUGAAAAACUUUGAUUAAAGCAACAUUUAUACUCAAAAUCAACGAACAUUUC